CUUACUCACAAAUAUUGCAAUGCUUUUAAAGGGUUCUGUUUACUCAUCCUAAAAGUCACUCUUUAUAAGCGUAUUGUAAAACUUUCAAUAAAAUUUCCCCCAAAUAUUCUCUUGCUCUGCAAUAUUCAGUCAAGUGCCCCUAUCGAGUUGUCUGUACCUUUCGUUCCUUUACAGAAAUGUUUAUGCAGGGGCGAAACAAGUAGAUCUAACCAUCAACGACAGUGGUCAAUGACUUGAAAAUUCUUCUCUAGAGGAGAUAGGUUGUUGGUUCAUAACCACAUGAAAAGAGACAUACAUUGGCAGAAUUUAGUUGAGAAUACAAAGCAGAUGCACUCUACAAGGUUACUUAGGAAAUAUCUGCAGGCACACACGUCACAGCAACAAGUCAUUAAUCAGACAACCCAGCAGGCAGAAGUGUGCACUCAACAGAAGUUUCCUUCAACACUCACAGGCUUGAUCACUGCAACAGGAAAUGACUCAACCUCUGGCUCACUCUUUUCUGUCAGAUUCUCUAGACAGCAGCAGCUCAGUUCAACCACAAUUGGACACUUUUUGUCAACUAUCUUCCAUUUGGCUUUCCUUGACCUCAAUGUCAAAGCUAAAUGGAAGAUAGUCCAUUACCUUGUUUUGGAUUAUGUACCAUUCCCUUGUGGUCCUUCUUACAUGUAUAAUGUAUGUAGGUCUUGUUGUACAUGGAAGAAAACUAUACAUUCCUUUUGUUUAGCAUUCAUAGGUUUACUUGUACUUUUUUGUAUAGUUGACCUAGGCUUACCAAAAACUUAUUUUGUAACACCAAUUGGCUAUCAUUGUUGGAUAGACAAUUGGUUCAUCCCCAUAGGUCUAACUUUCCAUAGUAUUCAGGUGCAACUUGACUACCAUAUGUGGUUGACCAAGUGCAUUUCCAUCUUACUUGUGGAGGAAAAUUCUGGAGAUGGAAUUGAAAAUGGUGGACUAGAUCAAAUUGAUUUAUCGGAAGCUAAUGAUGAAGAGUUUUAGACCAUUAUGAUGUUUAUGACAAAAUAUUAAUAUAUAUGAUUUUGUAAGUUUAAUGGCUGGCAGGCACCUUGAAACAAUUGGUUUCAUUAUUUGAUGUAGUAUAUGUAAUAUUUCUUCUUCAAA